AUGAUGGUCCUUCUUCCCCGGCACCGGCGGGACCUGAAGCUUGCAGUAAGUCUGCCGUUGCCAGGUCUGUUGCGCUGCAUCCUUGUAUUGGUCAUAGCCGUGCGCCCCUGCGCCGCAUCAAAAUUUUCAGAUUGUGGGCCCUCCACCUCCUACCCUUCCUCCCGUGUGAAGGACGGCGACGUCUGCAUCUUCCAGCUGGAGCUGCCCAUUAUUGGAGUUCUGCAGAGCUCCUGGGACGCAGGCGUCAUAGACGGCGCCCUCCACCUCACCACCGACGACGUCUACCAGCCGCCCGUUGAUUACCCACCUGACCCCAAGAGGCGGGCCGGAUGUGCCAUCCUCCCGGUGGAAGUCAUUCUGUGGCAGCCGGUCGGUGAACCAUCCGACAUCAACUUUAAGUGGCAAUGGCCGUGGAGGUACGACGAGCCAAAGCUUGAGGCGUCCUUCAACGCCACAUUCACCAUGAGCGCCAACACAUCACGCGAAGGCGACGGCGGCCUUAUGUUCGGGAUACUGCCUCCCAUUUUGGAUGGCUUCCACAGAGCCACAUACGCAUCCUUGGCCAGGUCUAGGACCACAUUCCCCGACGGCCGCCGCGUCGCCGUCGAGGUCAGUCAAGCAGAGUACUACUAUUCUCAAGGUACUACCAGCAUGUACGUUUCCAUCGAGCCGGAGCCGAACACGACGUCCAUGGCGAUCUACACCGUCUGGAUCGAUUACAACGCCGCCGCUCACAACCUAUCGGUGUAUGUGGUCGAGGGCGGCAAGCCCAAACCUGAGGAACCCACGCUUCACAUGCCGCUCAACGUCACCGACGUCGUUAGGUCGCCCCAAGGCGCUUCGGGUUACUUCGGUUUAUUCGCCUCAAAGAGCAGAUUCUUGCCCACUUGUCAGGCGGUGGUCUAUAGCUGGAACAUCACCAUGGAGAAGCUCCCGCCGGAACCCAUCAUACUCCCGGAACCACCCAUGCUCCCUGAACCCAACCAUGGUCGUGAACUGCGAAGAGAAUUCUUGGCCAUACUGCUGACGGUGGUGCUUCCUGUAGCCGUUAUCACGGCCAUCGUUUUCGUGGCGGCCUGCUACUUCUCGUCGAGGUACAGGGCUCUCAGGACGAGGCUCAAGCUCUCAGAGGUGCUGAGACAGCUCCCCGGGGUGCCCAGGGAGUUCAAGCACGCCACCAUCAGGAAGGCGACCCACAACUUCCAUGAGAUGAUGAAGUUGGGGAGAGGCGGUUUCGGCGCCGUGUACAAGGGAACGCUACGGUCAGGGAAGCGCGGCGAAGGGCGAGUCGAUGUGGCUGUGAAGAAGUUCACCCGGAAAGAUGACCGUGGCUACGAGGACUUCCUCGCCGAGGUCGACAUCAUCCACCGGCUCCGUCACAAGAACAUUGUCCCUCUUCUUGGUUGGUCUUACGAGAAUGGAGAGCUGCUACUGAUCUACGAGUACAUGCCCAAUGGCAGCGUAGACAAGCACCUGUUCCACGAAAAGCAGCAGCACCGCGGCCACCAACAGCCAGUUCUGCCCUGGGAGAGACGCUACGACAUUGUGAAGGACGUCGCCGCCGGUCUGCACUACGUCCACCACGAGUACGAGCGCACGGUGCUCCACCGCGACAUCAAGGCCAGCAACAUCAUGCUCGACUCAGCCUUCCGCGGCUGCCUCGGCGACUUCGGCCUCGCGCGGGUCGUCGGCUUAGACAAGAACUCCUUCACCGACAUCGGCGUCGCGGGCACCUGGGGCUUCAUCGCGCCGGAGUACCCCGUCAGCCACAAGGCCACCCGGCAGACCGACGUCUACGCGUUCGGGGUGCUGGUCCUCGAGGUCGUCUCCGGCAGGAGGUCGCUCGGCAAAGCGGACGCCGAGUUCCCGCUGCUGGUCGAUUGGGUUUGGUGGCUCCAUCAAGAGGGGAGGCUGCUGGAAGCCGUUGACGCCGAGCUCCGCUCGUCGGACGCGGGGUUCGACGCCGACGAUGCCGCCCGGUUGCUGCUCCUCGGUCUGUCCUGCAGCAACCCGAACCCAUCGGACCGGCCGACCCUGGCCAACGUGCUGCAGGUUGUCGCCAAGACGGCGCCGCUGCCGGACGUGCCGCCGGUGAAGCCCGCGUUUGUGUGGCCGCCGGAGGGGGCGUUACUGGACGACGACGUGGAUGAUGGGUUUGCGGGGACGAGCGGUGAUGAUUCUCGAUACUGGGAGGAGGAGGAGACCAUGCCGAGCUUCAUGUCGUCAGAGAUCACCAAGCGCAGGGCUCGGAAUGUUGGUCAGCACAAAGACGCGUGGGAGAUAGAGAGUUAUGUGUAA